GUUUUUCCGACUUCGGUGUCAUGUCCUACUAUAAUAGCCACUUACUUUCCCUCUGAGGCGCCCGAAUUCUCUUUGCCCUAAUUGAGACGACACUUUUCUAGCCCAGCUCCAGACUCGGCGGCACGACCUCUUUUUCCCUUUGUCCCUCAUGAGCACAGGAACUGCUCACAUAGAUUACACUCUGCCUAGGCUUUCGCGAAAAACGCGAGCAGAAAUCCGCCAGAGUUAUCGCACUCUAGAAACACCUGUGGCUUCGCUUGUGUUGCAAUACGGCGUAACGGCCAAAACUAUCGUCCGAUGCCUUAAUAAUCACUAUCAAGAUGACCUGACCUGGGACCAAGGGUAUAUUAACGGAAUGAGAAAUGAUUUUUUCGGUUACGACAAUGGGAAAAAAUGCCCCGCUGAGAUCUCGCCUCCGAAAACACCAGUCCGACCACGAAACAACGAACAUGAAGUUGGUAAGGCCAGUAAUAGACGAAAAAAAGCCAUCCUUAUAUCCCACAAACGGGGUGGGCCGCCGUCGGCCAGCCUUGGAUCAGGGCCCACUGUUACCAGAAGACUGACGCGCUCAUCAGACAACAAAAACGACGAGCCAGAUGUCAUUACCAUCAGUGAUGACGAAGUCAAACCUAACUUGACUAUGAAGGUUGAAGGCUUCGACAGUGCAGUGGAUGGUUUCCUUCGUUCCCUCAAUAGCCCUCACAUGAAACCUAUUUUUGAAAAAUGCGGUAUUUCGACCCGCAAUCAUCUUCUCAGUGUAUCUAAACACAUUAGAGAGAGCCACAAGCGUGAAGAUCUGAAGAAGACAUUCCAGGAUCAAGGCAUGACGAUUGGAGACUGGUUCAACGUUGUUGAUGCUUUAUUAGAAUACAGCGAUAACCCCCUUGUUUGAUUUUUGCCAGGGUGGGUUGGCAGUCAACGUAUCUACAUGUACUUCUUAAGUUCCGAGCUGCAUCCUACUCACAUCCACUGAAUCACUACUUCCGAUCAACUCAAAUACGUC